AUGGCCGGUGGUAGCAAAUUUCUUAGCCUUCUUCACUCAUCUUCAAGAUCUUCUUUUCUCAAACCCUCUACACCAUUUCUCUACAACACCAUCAAGAAUUAUGGGCAAGAAAUAAAGGAAAAACAGAGCCAUUUGAUAAAAGAGAGGGCACCAUCAACAGCUGAAGAAUUCUUGAGAGUGGCAGAAGAAAGAGCAAAUGAAACACCAAAAGUGAAAAGUCAAACAGUUGAUAAAGCAUUUGAAGCUGCUGAAGAAGCUACUAAGAGUAACUCAAACACUGAAAAUGUUAAGAACAAGUACAAGGAGCAUUAA